CGGUUUUUAACCACUUCCUUUCCUUUACCACAUCCGCCAGCGCAACACACAGCGCAUACCGAACCAAUUUCACAAACAAACAAACAAACAAAACAAUGACAGACAGAGGGAACAGGGGCGGCCGUGGUGGUGGCGGCUACCGGGGCGGUCGCGGAGGAAACCGUGGAGGAGCAGGUGGUUCCGGCUCCGGCGCCGGUGGUGGCCAGGGAGGAGGAGGUGGUGGUGCUCAGGGCGGUGACCGCGGCGAGCGCCCCAAGAAGGAAAACAUUCUCGACCUCAAGAAGUACAUGGACCAGCGCAUUACUGUCAAGUUCAACGGUGGACGUGAAGUUACCGGUACACUCAAGGGUUACGAUGCGCUUAUGAACUUGGUUCUGGAUGACGUGCAGGAAGCUGUUAGAGACGAAGAAGGCAACGAAACCACCCGCCCCCUUGGACUUGUUGUCGCGCGCGGCACGCUCCUUGUGGUGAUCAGCCCCGUCGACGGAAGUGAGGUGAUUGCGAACCCCUUCGCGCAGCAAGAGGAGGAAGCUUGAGCAGAGGGAAACCCUCUCGUAUGGAGAAAGAAAUCAUGAACCUGGACCC